UUCACUUCCGGUGGUCAGACCAGUUUACGGCAGUAUUGCACAACAUUACACUUCUUCCCUACGACAUCACCAAUAACAAAAUCUUUGCGAACACCAUAAGAACCAACCAACCAACCUACAACUCAAAAUCUUUAUUUCCAAACUACAACCACCGUUUCCUCGCCUUACCUGCUUCAAGAUAAGGCGCAAGCGAUACCUGGAUCACUUGACUUAACUCUAAAAUGUUGUAAUCAAACAAAAUACGUUCCUAGCUUACCAUUUUCUUCGUUACUUACCAUCUGCCAAGGAGACUUAUAGUGACGGAAGGAUUUACAGUGUAUUACGGGUGAAAGAUGCCACCAAGGCAGAGAAGAAUAGCCAUGAUGGGUUACAGAUCUGUAGGAAAGACUUCAUUGGUAUUACGGUUUGUUACUAGUAAAUUCGAUGACACCUAUGACCCAACAAUUGAAAAUACCUACACCAAGAAUGUAACUGUUUCUGGUCAAGUCUACCAACUGGAAGUGAUAGAUACAGCUGGACAGGAUGAAUAUUCAGUAACUCCAAAUGAUUAUUAUAUGAAUGUUGAUGGAUACAUUCUUGUGUACUCAAUAACAUCACAAAGAAGCCUUGAUAUUAUCAAAUUGAUUUACAACAAGAUAAGUGACAUGAAAGGCAGAAUAUGGGUUCCAAUUGUCCUAGUUGGAAACAAAACAGAUCUUGAAGAAGAUAGAGCAGUUACAAUGGAAGACGGAAAAAAACUUGCCGACGAAUGGGAAAUUCCUUUUCUUGAAGUAUCUGCCAAAACAGAUGAGGUAACUACAAAAGAUAUCAAAGGCUCACGGUCAGUGGAAGAAGUUUUUGCACAGUUAAUAAAAGCCAUCCAAAGGAAAGAGUCUGUCAAAGAUACUAGCUGUGUAGUAUCGUAAAAAAACCAAGCAAGCUCUCUUAAACUUUGACACACUGCAUUGUUGGAUGCAAAAAAAUUCAUAGAUGAGGCUUGUGUUGUUAGAUGGUGACCCAAUUCACUACGACCUCUUCUUUGUUGCUGUGGCCACCAAAAAAA